GUCGUCACUGCGCGGGAACACUAACCGAAGAUGGCGGGUCCUAACGACACGACCGGUCUCCUAGACAACGUGACGUGGGAACUGGACUCCUUCGUCACUCCGAACGUCAUCCAGAGUACGCCAGCGGAGCCACCAGGGGUCGCUGUUGACCCGCUACAGUUAGGAGCAGAGGCAUGGGCCGUACCGCUGGUGUUCUCUAUCAUUACUCUGGUGGGCGUCACCGGGAACGGCCUGGUCAUAUACGUCAUCGCAAGGUACGGUCAGAUGAAGACGGUGACGAACUACUACCUGCUGAACCUGGCCGUGGUUGACCUGUCGUUCCUGGUGUGCUGUGUGCCGUUCACCGCCAUCAUCUUCGCCACAAACGACUGGAUGUUCGGCAAGUUCAUGUGCAAGUUCGUCUUCUAUUUCAUGCAGGUAACGUUCACGGCCACAGGACUGACGCUGGCAGCCCUUAGCCUUGACCGCUACUACGCCAUCAUCCACCCCAUCGGCUCCAUGUACUACCGGACCCCCCGCACGGCUUUCCUCGUCAACACCGUCGUCUGGGCAGCGGCGUUUGUGCUAGCCUCUCCUGUAGCAGUGGCGUACCAACAGUGGGAGGGGAACUUCCAGGGACCACGGACUUACUGCACUGAUCAAUGGUCGAACCAGUACUGGCGCAAGGCGUACUGGGUAAUGAUGGUGGUUCUGUGUUUCGUCAUCCCGCUGGCCGUGUGCACCUUCACCAGUGCGCAUGUCUUCCACCGCCUCUGGAAGAAGACCACCAUCCAGCCCCUCGUGACGACCAACCAGCAUAGGGCACUGAUGCGCAAACGCAAGGUGUGCCGCAUGGUGGUUGCCGUUGUUGUGAUCUUCACGAUCUGCUGGGCGCCGAACCACAUCAUCAACCUGUGGGUCCUGCUGGAUAACAACUUCCCGGAGACUUGGGUCAUGUUCGGCGUCAAGGUGGCGGCGCUGUGUCUGAGCUACGCCAACUCCUCAAUCAACCCGCUGAUCUACGCUUUCAUGGGAGAGAACUUCCGCAAACGCUUCAAGAAGGCCUUUCCCAAGGUGUUCCACUCUAACAGAGUGAUCCCGCUUGGCGCCGCCCGGUCCGCUCGCCACGUCAUGCCGGUCAUCCAGGGCGUAGCCAAUGGCAACGGGUUCCUCCAGCCGCCCGAGGCCUGCGCCCUGAUUGGUGAAGCCGAGCGGGCCUCCUCUAAGGACGACCACGCCGACAUCAAGGGCACCAAGUCUGACCGGGUGGAGGUCAUCAGCAUCGAGCCGGUACAUCGGCAGGCGGACACCAUGUAA